AUGGAUUUCUCUUUUAAUGAGCAGCCCGAUAAACCAGAGCAUUUUAAAUCGAAAAACUUUUUCCCGAAUCGAAAGAGUCUUCGAGAACCAGGAGGGUUGAAACCAGUUAGAAUUAGCGCUGGAAAGAAUUCUAAAACCAGUACCAGAACUUUGCAACGAAAGACUGGGAUUCCAAGGGGAUUCAAUAAAUUAAGGAGAAAUCAAGUUUGUGCUGUGCUUCUAGGCCAGGCGAUGCAGGAUUUGGUGUUCUCCAUAGCUAAUGACACCUGGCAAUCUCGUGCUUUUAUGCUUACCAAAAAAAGGUUUACCAUCGAAAGGUGUUUUGGACAAGUAAAACAGAUGUUCAAGAUUUUACAACACAACAUUACAUUUGCGACUCAAAUAGAUCAUAGCGUGUUACUAUUACAUAAUGUUGCUAAAUACUUAAAAGAUAGCCAUUUUCAAUUGGAAGAACAUAUUGAAGAGAAUUUUGAUGAUUGA